CAAUGUAAUCUCAUUGGGCACCAGUAGUGGAACUCGUCUGUUCAAAAUGGUCUAUGGUGAAUUUUUCCGCAGACCUGGCAAAGAUGCAGAACUUAUCAAUUUGAAUGUGGGUGGCUUUAAGCAAUCAGUGGAUCAAAGCACCUUGCUCCGAUUUCCCCAUACCAGGCUUGGGAAACUUCUCAAAUGCCAUUCAGAAGAGGCUAUUCUAGAGCUGUGUGAUGAUUAUAGUGUUGCAGACAAGGAAUAUUACUUUGACAGGAAUCCUUCCUUGUUCCGAUAUGUUCUGAAUUUUUACUAUACGGGCAAACUUCACGUCAUGGAAGAACUUUGUGUCUUUUCCUUCUGUCAGGAAAUAGAGUACUGGGGGAUAAAUGAGCUGUUUAUUGAUUCAUGCUGCAGCAAUCGGUACCAAGAAAGGAAAGAAGAAGGUCCUGAGAAAGACUGGGAUCAGAAGAGCAAUGACAGAAGUAUAGACUCCUCUAACGAAGAGUCAUCCAUAUUUGAUAAAGAGCUGGAGAAGUUUGACAAUCUGUGUUUUGGUGAAAUAAGAAAGAAGAUCUGGGUCAGAAUGGAAAAUCCUGCAUACUGCUUGUCUGCCAAGUUAAUUGCCGUGUCAUCCCUGAGUGUUGUCCUGGCGUCAAUUGUGGCCAUGUGCAUUCACAGCAUGCCAGAGUUUCAAAGGCUGGACGCCAAUGACAGGGAGAUUGAAGACCCUGUGCUGGAAGCUGUGGAGAUUACGUGCAUCAUCUGGUUCACUGCUGAGCUAGUGAUCAGGCUCAUCACGGCUCCAAGUCAAAAGAAGUUCUGGAAGAAACCGCUGAAUAUCAUUGAUUUUGUCUCUAUUAUCCCAUUUUAUGCCACAUUGGCUGUGGACACGAAGGAAGAAGAAAGUGAAGAUAUUGAAAACAUGGGGAAAGUGGUUCAGAUCCUGCGGUUAAUGAGGAUAUUUCGCAUCCUGAAACUGGCCAGGCACUCCGUAGGACUGCGGUCUUUGGGUGCCACUUUGAGACAUAGCUAUCAGGAAGUUGGACUUCUGCUUUUGUUUUUGUCUGUUGGGAUUUCUAUUUUUUCAGUGCUUGUCUACUCAGUGGAGAAAGAUGAUGACUCAUCAGAACUGCACAGCAUCCCUGUUUGCUGGUGGUGGGCAACCAUCAGCAUGACCACUGUUGGUUAUGGGGACACUUACCCGGUCACACUUGCUGGAAAGCUGCUCGGCACCCUAUGCAUUAUCUGUGGGAUACUAGUGGUAGCACUUCCAAUCACCAUUAUUUUCAAUAAGUUUUCUAAGUACUAUCAAAAACAAAAAGAUAUUGAUCCAGACCAAUGCACCAAUGAUCGCAAAGAGAAAUGUAAUGACCUACCUUAUUUUAACAUUAGGGAUAUUUAUGCAAAAAAGAUGCACUCCUUCAUUUCUAGCCUUUCUUCAGUAGGAAUUGUAGUCAGUGACCAAGAUUCAACAGAUGCCUCCAGCAUCCAAGAUAUGGAGGAUGUUUAUAACACAACAUCUUUAGAGAAUGGUACAGGAAAAUGA